CAUAAAUAUUUAAACAUUGACAUCAUUUCAUAACGUCACACCAUUUAAAGAAAAAACCUCUCCUACACUCAACACCAAAGAAAAUUCUAGAACUCAUCACUCUCAAUCAUGGCGAACCAAUCCAACACCACCUUAAUCAUCAUCUUCUCCUUAACCAUCAUCACCUUCUCCUUCAUCACCAAAUCCACAGCCAAAGAAACCGUUUACGAUUUACUCCCAAAAUACGGUCUCCCUAGCGGCCUCCUACCUAACUCCGUCACCGACUAUACUCUCUCCGACGACGGCCGAUUCGUCGUUUAUUUGGACCGUACAUGCUAUAUACAGUUCGAUUACUUGGUUUAUUACGAGAAAAAGAUUACUGGAAAGCUGAGCUAUGGUUCGAUUAGUGAUCUUAAGGGGAUUCAAGUUCAGCGGCUUUUUAUUUGGUUUAAUGUUGAUGAAAUUAGGGUUGAUUUGCCUCCGUCCGAUAGUAUUUACUUUCAGGUUGGGAUUAUUAAUAAGAGGCUUAGUCUUAAUCAGUUUAAGACUGUGCGUUCUUGCCGGAACUCGCUUCGAUCUUCUCCUUGUUCAUCAUCUUCAUUUAUGCUACCUCCUCCACUGAAGGAAAUUCCUAUGCUUCUUACAGAGUAGAUGCAGUUUUAUACUGGUAUUGUAUGGCAGGAUGGAGACAUCUUCACCUGCAAGUGUACCUCUAUUGUUAGCUAGCUUAUGAAUCAAGAGUCUGGACUGGACUCACAAAUCUCGAGUCUGGUUGAGUUGUAUUAAAUAUCCUCACGAUACCUUCAUGAACAUAUUAUCAUGUAUUGUAUAUAAGUUCUGAGACUUCAAUUUCAUGUGUGCUUUCUAUUUCUAGUUA